CCUUGAUUUCAGUAAGUGAUUCUGCGUUGUGGCUGCGGAGCCUCUGCAACUUGGAAAACAUUUUAUUAACCUUCCUUGACUUUAAAGAGCAUAAUUACAUUUUAAUCUCAUAUUCCCGCGUUAUCAUUCCAGACACAGAGUCAUUUGAAUGCAGCUCGUUCUGACUAAUGUAAUUUUACGAUACAGUAAUGAAGAGACAGAGCAUGAGCACGAAACUCCCAAUUUAGACGUGACAUUUUGGGCUUCUUUAAAGAAAAGUUUUCCCAUCCCAGUGCUUUCACAUCCUCCCCGGCCCUGCAACGCCAGCGGGUUGGACACCCGCUGUGAGCAGCACGGAGGGCCGGGCUGGGCAACGCUAACGAUGUUGGUCAUUAAGGUACAGCCUUAAUGAUUCAUCAGUGCCACUGCCCUCAUCCCUGAGCUCUCAAAUCCAGGACCAACUCUCCCAGAGGAUGCAUCCAUCCCAGGCUGGGACUGGGAUCGCCGACACCGUAAGCAUCACCCCAAGCUGUGAGCCCACCCUUACCCUUCCGUGCCUCAGUUUCUCCUUUGCAGCUCAAUUUUUUCUGUUGUUUUCUGCCCCUGUCCCUCAUCUUUAGUGCAGAUGAUUUCAGGGGGUGCUUAAGGUCAGGAAAUCAUCCCAGCAGUGGGAUCACAGCAUCCCCACUGCCCGUCCCCAUCCCUCCCACAGCCCCUCCUCACCGCCACUGGGACCAGGACGGCGGAUGCUCAUUAGGCUCCUGAUUCCCCUCUGCAUAUUAAUUUCACGUCGUCGAGGUCGCCCUCAGCUUUGCUGGAGUGGGAACAUGAGACCAGCAGGAAUAUUCAUGGCGGGGGACGGCUGUCCCCUGGGCUGGGUUGCAGUGGGGGUCUUUGCAUCACAGUGAGCCAUGGUCCAGCCCUGCUCCCAGUGCUACAUCCCUCCCAGAGCUGCAAUCUCCAAAUUAGCAUCCCUUCCCAACAGCAGCAUCCUCCAACCCAGCAUCACUUUGAAACUAACAACCCUCAAAUCAAAAUCCCCGCUAAACUGGCAUCCUCCAAAUUAACCUCCUCCAAAACAACAUCUCUCCCCAAAUCCUCAUCCUCCAAAUCAGUAUCCUCCCUAAACCAGCAUCCCUUCUUCACAAAAACCCCUCUCCAAACCAGAAUCCUCCAAAAUCACACCUCUCCCCAAAUCCUCAUCCUCCAAACUGUUAUCCUCCCCGGAACAACAUCCUCCAAAGUAGCAUCCCUUCCCAAACCAGCAUCCCCCUCUAAACUGACGUCCUCCAAACCAGCAUCCCUCCCCAAAUCCUCAGCCUCCAAAUCAAUAUCUCCCCCAAACCAUCACCUUCCAAGCCCUCAUCCUCCAAACUGGUAUUCCUCUUCCAACCAGCAUCCUCCAAACUGGUUCCCUCCUAAACCAGCAUUCUCUGUACCAGCAUCCCUCUCCAAGGCAGCAUUCCUCCCUACACCAGUAUCCUCUGAAGUAGCAUCCCUUCCCAAACCAGCAUCCUGCUCUAAACCAACAUCCUCCAAACCAGCAUCCCUCCCCAAAUCCUCAUCCUCCAAAUCAAUAUCUUCCCCAAGCCAGCAUCUUCCAAACCCUCAUCGUCCAAACUGGCGCUCCUUUUCAAAGCAGUCUCUUCCAAACCAGCAUCCCUCUCUAAACCCAUAUCAUACAAAACCACAUCUCACCCCCAAUCCUCAUCCUCCAAACUGGUACCUUCCUAAAUCAGCACCCUCCAAACCAGCAUCCUUCCCUAAACCACUAUCCUCCAAACCACCAUCCUUUCCCAAACCACCAUCCCCCCUAAACCGAUACCCUCCAAACCCACACCCCCAAAACCCUCUCUUGCCAAUCCAGCUCCCUCCAAACUCUCAGCCCUUCCCAAACUCCCACAACCCUCCCUUUGUCCACACCAGGGGUCCAUGCCCCCAGAUUUCCUCCUGCUCAGGGGAUUCGCUGUCCCUGAGCGCCGCCGCGUGCGCUUCAGCACUGAAUCACCUCGAUUACAGAUUCGAUUGGAUGCAAUUUGGGAAAGAAAACAAGGGGGGGGGGGGGAGAAAAAAAAAGACAACAGCCCGCCCUCCUUCUCCUUCUCCUCCCCCUGGGAAGGGGAGACAGCAGCAUAAAUAGGCACCAGCACAGCACAGUGCCAGACACACAGCGCAGCCAACGAACAGCAGGGCAGCUUUCCCCACACGCGUGGCAUCGCUCUGGGCACACACAGCAUGGCAGAGCCUUCGCUGCCCCUCUCCUUCCUCUGUCUCCUGGCUUUAUCUUCUGCCUGCUACAUCCAGAACUGCCCCCGGGGUGGCAAGAGGGCUUUGGGUGAUACAGCUCUGCGGCAGUGCCUCCCCUGUGGACCAGGGAACAGGGGUCGCUGCUUCGGACCCGGGAUCUGCUGCGGUGCAGAGCUGGGCUGCUACCUGGGCACGGCAGAGACACGGCGCUGCGCCGAGGAGGACUACGUGCCUUCACCCUGCCAGGCUGGUGGGCAGCCCUGCGGCUCCGGAGGGCGCUGCGCUGCCAACGGUGUCUGCUGCAGUGCUGACACAUGUGCCAUGGAUGCCGUGUGCCUGGAGGAAGGCAGUGAACAGCCAGAAGAGGCAGAGGAGAAGAACCUGACGGUGCUGGAUGGCACAGCUGGGGACCUACUGCUGAGGCUGAUGCACCUGGCCAACAGGCAGCAGCAGGGCAAGCAGCCCGGCCUCUGAGCAGCUGGGAUAUCAGCAGGACCCAUUGUAAA